GAUGGAGUUUCAAAGGGUGGGGGCAGAGAGACUUGAGGCAAAACCGACGAUGGUGGGACGGGAGGGACGGGCGGGGGACAUGGAGCGGGCCAGCGCCCGCUGAGCGGAGGGAGCGGGCAGGUUGACAUGGGUACAGAAGUGCUGCCCCUGAUGGGAGUGUGACUGUUUGUUUGCCAGGAUGCCUGGAUUAUUAGGGGUAGCGAGCGUGUGUCUCCUGGUGAUCACGGGAAGCAUGUACCACCCCCGCCUGCUGAGCGAUGAGGUUGAGUAUGAGGAGGUGCUCGUCAAGAUGCAGGAGCAGGAACAACAGUACAAGUUGGAGAUGGAGCGGCUCCAGAAAGCAGUGGACGUGGAAAGCAGACACGACUCUCAGAUGAAGGGCAAUGCCAUGGUGAAGGGAGAGAAACGAACCCACCUGAACUGGAACACCUGGAAUAUCCUUCUCAUGGUGACCAUUCUGUUCCUGGAGCUGUGGAGGCAGGACACGCGGCAGGACAACAUACCAGAGUGCAACAGCGAGGAAGAGGACGAGAACGAGGCUCCUCAAAGGCUUUACUGCAACAUCCUGAACAUUCCGGAAAGACCCGUGCUGGAUGACUUUUACAAGUGCGUUAAGGAGGCCAACCGGGAGCCACCUCAGACUUGCGAGUUCGUAGAAGCUUUUGUGGACAAUCUCUUGCAAGCCUGCAGGAACAUGUGCCAGUGGAACUCCGAGACGAUUGUGGAGGACUGCAUCGGCAUUGGCAGUCAGUUUGAGAAAUGGGGUUGCAAGACCCCCUCUGUGUACGAUGUCCUGGCGCCCAUUUUAAUUCAAGAUGGCUACACCUUUAAGCCCGAGAUCUGUUGUUGCGACAUCCCGUCAGACAAGCAGAGUUACGGACGGAUUCUUAUGAUCAGCCCGGGCAACGAGGAGGUGAGCUGCGUCUGCAAGAGCUCUGAGCUCGACGGAGAGGUUCUGUGUCUCAUCCACAGCAAGAAGUUUGAACGUGAGCUCCAGCACACCAACGCCCUGGCUUCCAUCGUGUGUUCAGAGUGGUACCUGGACUCUAAGAAAGUAUUGAAGUGGUUCCGGACUGCCUUCAUAAGGGCCUGGAGUGAAGUGUGUCACAAGUAUGAUUUUGAACUCUCCUUUCACAACAUCACUGGCUCCUGUGGGUUAAAACUGCAGUAUCAGUCGGGCCGCAACAUCUACAUUAAGGUCUUCCCCGCUGUGCGCCUCAAGGACUCAGACGUCUUCCUCGUGGCCAAUUUCCGACUGCACAAGGAUUCCACACUGGCCAGUACCUACUGGCACCUGUCCUGCGCUGUAUGCGAGCUUCGCUUCCUCAAGAUCAUCACCAAGAGCCUCCCCAAGAACAGCUGCCACCUCAAGUGCCUUCAGAUCCUGACCUUCCUGAACGAGAAGCUUUACAGCAGCACAGAGAAGAAGAGCGUUCUCACCUCCUACUUCUUCAAGACUGUCCUCAUGCACCUGCUGCUCAGCCAGCCCUACAUGAACUGGCACGACCGUUGCUUGGAGCAGAGGCUCCAGGACGUUCUGAAGUUCCUCGGGAAAAGCUUGGAUGAGAAGCGUCUACACAGGUUUAUGAUCGGAAACCGUGCCUUCCCCAAGCAGUUUGGGAUCCCAGAGCUUCUCCUGCAGGCAGAGCCCAUAAACCUCCUGCGAUCCUUCGUCCUCCAGCGCGAUGUGUACAGCCAGGCCCUCAUGGAAUAUCAGAAGCUCCUGAGGGACAUGGGUCCUUCAAUGACUGAAUGCAUCAAAGGAUAAACACACACUCAUUGAUCUCAAUCUCUUGGGAUUGGAGUGGAAUCAUUUAAUAGAUAUGUAAUAUUUACAGUCCCACUGAGACUCCAAUCUAUUACACGUGUAAUAUUUACACCCUGCUCAUUUCUGUACUUUAAUACAUGGUGAAACAAACGCAAUACUGACUAUUCUUUGUACUUGUCUCUCUGUCCAAAAUAAAGGGGAAGUCCUGUAGGUUAGUGGUUAGAGCUCUUGCAAGCGAGAGGAACCAGGUUCGAUUCCUGGGCGGGGCAAAACAUUGGGCAAGUUUUCUUACUUCACGCACGCGUCUCUUUUUUUUACCUGAGCAGUAAGUAGGCACUCGUUGUUAGUCGAUGGGCGGAUCGCUUUUCCGGGAGUAAUAAUCCCUUCAAAGAAAUAAAAAAUGUGUUUUUUUAAAUAAUAA